AAAUCAUAUGGUUAUUUUGUUACAUGUUUUGUAAGGGAGGAGUAAGGCUCACCCAUUGGAUCUGUUUCUUCUCCCCUUUGCGGUUUUACUUCACAAUCUGCACAAAGGGUACAGACAGCUAAAUCUCUCCUUCUCCGAUGAGGAUCCAGCAAGAACAGCCACCGGUAUCGUCACAUCAACUAUCUACUCAGCCGCGUACCGCCACCGCUGACCUUUUCGGUGAUCCAAUCGACUCCCAUCCCUUAUGGUUUAAACAAUCCUCAUUCCUCAGCCCUGAUUUCGACUCGGAAUCCUACAUCUCCGAUCUACGAACCUUUGUCCCCUUUGAAACCCUAAGAUCGGAGCUGCAGUCUCAUCUUUCAUCCCUUAAACAUGAACUAGUAGAGCUAAUUAACCGAGAUUAUGCUGACUUCGUGAAUCUCAGCACCAAACUUGUAGAUGUCGAUGCCGCUGUUUUGCGUAUGAGGGCACCACUCAUUGAGAUCCGUGAGAAAAUAUUGGGGUUCCGAGGGGCGGUUGAAGGGUCGCUUGUAUCAUUACAGGGUGGGCUUAGACAAAGAGCGGAGGCGUCUGCUGCUAGAGAGAUCUUGGAACUUUUGAUUGAUACUUCUCAUGUCGUCUCCAAGGUCGAGAAACUAAUAAAGGAGCUACAUAAUGUACCUGCUGAUGCAUCAAAUGGAGAUCUACACACUGCAGAAAAGGGUCAUUUAAGCAACGGUGUCUCUCUACAGCAUGCUGAAAUUGGAAUCAAUCUCAGGGAAACUCAAAGCAUGCUUUUGGAAAGAAUUGCUAGUGAAAUGAACAGGCUAAAGUUCUACUUUGCUCAUGCCAAGAACCUGCCUUUUAUUGAGAACAUGGAAAAGAGGAUACAAAAUGCCAGCUUAUUGCUGGAGACAAGUUUGGGACACUGUUUUGUAGAUGGAUUGAUACACAAAGAUGAAAAUGCAGUAUACAAUUGCUUACGUGCUUAUGCUUCUGUGGACAAUACACAUAAUGCAGAAGAGAUAUUCAGAUCAACAGUGGUGGCACCAUUAGUUCAGAAAGUGAUUCCCUACACUUCAUCUGGAAUGGCUGGUGGGUCCACUGGUGAUGAGCUUGAAGAAGACUAUAAACAAAUCAAGAAUCUCAUUGCUCAAGAUUGUACAUUUUUGUUGGAGAUUUCUUCUACAGAAAAUUCGGGUUUGCAUGUAUUUAGUUUUCUUGCGAAUUCAAUUCUUAAGGAGGUUCUUUGGGCAAUUCAGCAGGGAAAGCCAGGGGCUUUUUCUCCUGGAAGACCUACAGAGUUCUUGAAAAAUUACAAAUCAAGUCUUGGUUUUUUGGCUGAUUUAGAAGGAUACUGUCCUUCAAGAUCUGCUGUUGCCAACUUUAGAGCUGAAGCUGUAUAUGUAGAUUUCAUUAAACAAUGGAACAUUGGGGUGUAUUUCUCAUUGAGGUUUCAGGAAAUCGCAGGUUCAUUAGAUUCUGCAUUUGUCGGUUCAAGUCUAACUCCAAUUCCGAAGUCAGAUUCCGAUUCCGAUUCCGACCAGGGAAGUUCUCAGCAUGUGACUUUAAAGCAAAGUCUUACUCUUUUGGAAUGCCUCAAUUCCUGUUGGCGAGAAGACGUUCUUGUCCUUUCUAUCUCUGAUAAAUUUCUUCGCUUAACUCUGCAACUGAUAUCUAGAUAUGCAAAUUGGUUGUCAGCUGGACUCUCUGCUCGUAGAACCCGUAGCUCAGGCUUUGAAUGGGCACUUGCUGCUGCCCCAGAUGAUUUUGUUUAUAUAAUUCAUGAUUUAGAUCAUCUAGCCACAGAGGUUUGUGGGAAGUACAUUGAACACGUGUUAAAGAUUCUAAACUCCUGCUCUACCCAAGUUGUUGACACUGUUAAAAACAGCAUCUUACAAGGGGGACAAUCUCUUAAAGAUCUUGUCCCUUCUGUCAUUGAGUCAAUCAUUGAAACAUUAGUUGAAAAGUCAAACGAGGAACUGAAACAACUACACGGGAUAGUUGCUGCUUACAGAAUGACUAAAAAACCACCUCCCGUGAGACAUUCCCAUUAUGUCUCAGGGGUGUUGCGUCCCUUGAAGGUUUUUGUGGAGGGUGAAAGAGCUAUGACAUAUUUAACAGAGGAUAGAAGAGGUAAACUGAUAGAAGGUGCUGCAGUGAAGAUUACUGGGCGUUAUAAUGAUCUGGCUGCUGAUAUUGUCAACACAGCAAGAAAAACAGAGACUUCACUUCAGAGAAUACGUAAAGGUGCCCAGAGACGAGCUGGCGCCACCUCAGAUGUAUCAGAUCAUAAUGUUUCUGAAACCGAUAGAAUUUGCAUGCAGUUGUUUCUCGACAUUCAGGAAUAUGGGCGUAACCUUGCGGGUCUUGGAGUGGAAGCAGCCAAAAUUCCGGCAUAUGGCUCUUUGUGGCAGUUGGUUGCUCCUCAAGAUAGACAAGGGAGAACGAAGUCGUGUAGCGAGUUAAUGGCGGGUUAG